AUGUUUGGAAGUAAGAAAGACAAGAACAAGAAGAAAGAUGAGGUCGAUGCAUUUGAGGAACAAUUAAGAUCAGGACAGAAUGAUCUGUUACAAGAUAUCGAUAUGUCACAGAUUGAUAAGAUGAUGAAGAAUGAGAUAAAGGAGGACGAUAUAUCUUUGACAGAGGAUGAUAUGAAUGAUCCUGAACUAUUGGCUCAAUUGGGUACUAUCGAGAGUGGAUCGACACUUGAGAGGCCAAAGCCUACCCCUGCACCAAAUGCUGCCUCUGCACCCUCUCCAAUGCGUCCAUCACCUCAACAGCAACAGCAACAGCAACAAUCAAAGAAGCCCGCCAAAGCAUUGACACCAGAGGAAGAGGAGGAACUUGCUUUGCGACGUGAGAUGGGUGAGAUGGACUCUGGUGACGACGAUGACAAUGACAUGCAUGAUGGCGGUGAAGAUGACUUCCAAGCUAUGAUCCCAAUUCUAGAGCAACGUGUUGUUGCAUACAAGAAGACUGCACUGGCCAACAAGGAUAACAGAGAGUUGGCAUUGAAGUACAUGAAAGCUGCCAGACAGAUAGAGGAAGCAGUGAAAGAACUGAACCAAGACAUUCGAUCACUACCUCCCGAUCUCCAAGCACCAGCACCCUCUCAAAGGUCUGCUCCUGUUGCCACUACAACAACAACAACAACCAAGACCACAUCACCCAAGCCAACAGUUGCGCCUGUUGCUCAAGUGGUCAAGCCCCCUGUGCCAGUGCUCUCACGUGAAGAGGUCGAUCGACUCGAGAGGGCUCAUACAUGGGAGUUGUUCGAAGCAGAGUACACCAAGAAACACAACAGCAUGGCACAGGAAGCAAUUAGACUAAAGAACAAUGGCGAGUUGGAGAAAUCAUUGAUGAUUGUAAAGGAGAUACGUGGAGUCAAUGCUGUGCUUGAGCAGAUUAGGGUGUGUAACAAGGCGGGCGUGUCACCUCCACCAUUCCACUUUGAGGAGAGGGUCACGCAGACAGAGGUCAUCCAGGGCCAUCUCAAGGAGAACCAGAUCGAGUUCAUCAUUGGCAAGUACGAGUUUCCCAAGAGUCUUGGCACACUCGACUCGUACAUCACCACCGAGUUCCCAUAUCCCUCGUCUGAGGAGCCGCAAAAGUUCACGACGGCCUCUUCAAACAGCGCCACGGGCAAGGACUACUCCUUCAAGACAGUCAUCGAGAUUGAGAAGAAGAAGUCCUUCCAGCGCAUCGUCGAGAAGAAGAAGCUGGUGCUCACCAUCAACUCGUCAAAGAUGUUCUUUAUGAAGACGGUCGUGGGCAAGUGCGAGGUCAAGCUGGCUGACCUGCUGGACCGCUGCGAGAUCAACACCAAGUUCCCAAUCAUGAAGGAUGGCUCAAAGAAGGAGCUGGGCGGCUAUGUUGAGGUGGCCAUCAGAAUGAGGACCCCAAUCGCAUCGAAGGAAUAUAUCAAGAAGUCUGAAAGGAUACUGGUUCUCGAUGGACCAUUACAGAAUGUUGAUGUGACUGCCGUCGCUGCGCCAACAACACCAGCCACCCCAACAACAACUACACCAUCAACUUCACACACAACCUCACCAACUGCAACCUCCACGACGCCACAACAACCAGAGAGGAUAUCACCUGUACAUACGCCACCUACCACCACACCAACCAAGCCAACAGCGGCAGAAGUACAUACGCCAACUUCGACCACCACUACCACAUCAACAACAAAGACACCUGUUGCCGCAACUCCAUCUCCAACACCAAAGCCCGCAGAAUCGACACCAACAGAGGCAACUGGCGAGGAAGAGGAGGAGGAAGAAUGGGAUAGCCUCGACAGGAUCGUUUCAAACGAUGUUAUGGAGUCGAUGCUUGCUGUACUCAUUCCACAGGUGGCAACCAAACCAACACCAGAGUUGAUCGAUAGGAAACAGGCAUUGGAGAUCAAGAUGAUGGUACUGGAAACCCAGGUGUCCUCUGGCAUGCUCACCAUUGAGGCCUACACUAAACAGCUGGAGAAUGCCGUCCUGCAGGAUAAGAUACUGGCCAAGAAGCUGGUUGGUGCUGGUAAGAAGGAUGUUGCUAUCAAGGUGAUGGCGCGCAUCAAGAUCAUGAACGCCGAGUUGGCGUCGGCGUCCCAAGCCUCAUAG